AUGACAACCCUACAAGUCUACGCGCAUAGACUAAGUGACCCCAACUUGGCUCCAGGGCUCAAAGUGACUAUUGUCAACGAGUUGAGAGACCAAGUCGAAAUUUUCCAGACACUUGAAUACUCUCGUUUCCUUGCGACCUUGAUCCCAGUCUUUGUCGACAUACUUCAGAACGGCAAUCCCGUCUUUCAAAGCAACGUACCAGAACAAAAACUUCGAAACACUAUUCUAGAAAUCAUUUAUAGAUUGCCACAGACAGAGACUCUGAAAGAAUAUGCGCCCGAUUUAUGUCGAAUGCUUAUGCACCUAUUAAAAGUCGAAAAUGAAGACAAUGCAGUUGUGUGCGUAAAGAUCAUUAUUGAUCUUCAUCGAGCAUUCAGAACUGUAUUGGAGGAUCAAGUUCAACCUUUUCUUGACAUUGUACAAGAAAUAUUCAAAAAUAUGGAACAGACAGUAAAGGAUGUAUUUGAUGCUCCAAGUACACCUAUUGGAUCAGCCACUCCUGGUAUCAAUCCAUUAUUAGCAACCUCGCCGCGACCUAAUUCACCAGCAGCUGCAGAAUUACCAGAAUCGCCAUCAAAGCCUUUAUCAAAAAGCAUGUUCAGUUUCAAAGUCUUGACAGAAUGUCCCAUUAUAGUUGUAUUACUCUUCCAAACACAUCGCCGCUAUGCUACUGAAAAUAUCAUGAAAUUUGUCCCUCUAAUAUUCCAGACACUAGGCCUUCAGGCAAGACCUCAAGCUGAAGCUGCUCAUGCUGCGCAGGCUCGUGGCGAAGUAUUUGUUGGUGUCAGUCCUGAAAUCAGAAACCGAACUGUAUAUAAUGACUUUAUUGUCGCCCAAGUAAAGACAAUGUCGUUUCUCGCUUACAUCUUAAGAAGCUAUACAACAUUUUUACGACCAUUUCAAAACCAAAUACCAGAUUUUGUGCUGAGACUAUUGCGAGAAUGCCCACCUGAAUCUUCGGCUACUAGAAAAGAAUUACUUGUUGCCACAAGACACAUUUUAUCAACAGACUUUAGAUCUUCUUUUGUGCCCAAAAUUGACUUGUUACUGAAUGAGAAAGUACUUAUUGGUACUGGAGUUACAUCGCAUGAUACAUUAAGACCUUUGGCUUAUAGUAUGCUUGCUGAUCUUGUUCAUCAUAUUCGAUCAGAACUUUCGCCUCAACAACUCUAUAGAACCGUAUAUAUCUAUUCACGCAAUCUUCAUGAUGCUACUUUAGCACCUAGCAUUCAAACCAUGUGUGGAAAACUCUUGCUUAACUUGAUUGACUGUAUUAUAAAGAUUCCCAACAAAAAAGACGGCAGAAACCUGUUAAUGCGCAUAUUAGAUGCAUUUGCUUCUAAAUUUGCUGCCCUCAAUAUUCAAUUCAAGACAUGUUCAAAGCAAUACCUUAAAAAGAAUGCUAAUAACGCAGAAACAAAAGACGCAGCAGGCGAUUCAGAAAUGGAGCAAGCAGAGAGUGAUGAUUUUGAUUUUGAAAAAGCUCGAUCAAUACAAACCGUUUUAUUUUCGCUUGAUCCACAACAAGAUGGCAUUAAAGAUGGUCGUUUCUUAUUCAAGAAUCUUGCCAUUGGUUUAAAACCUUUGUUUAUUGGCUUGCGCCAUUGUAAUCCACCACCAUCUACAACAGACACAAAUCCUCAACUUUAUGCUCAAUUUGCAAGAGGGUUUUCUCAAGAAGACUUACGGAUAUUUUCUCGACUCUUCAGAGAAGGCCUUCGAUGCUUUGAAUAUUACAACAUUGAUAACUAUGGUCCUAACGGUUCCUUACCUCAUGAAAAUGUUAAAGAAGAAGACAUUGGAGAAAACUCGAUUGGAUGUAACGAACUAUCUCUCAAAGUAGGUGCACAAGUGGGUGUUGAGAAAGAGAUUUUGGACAUGUUCGCCGUUGUCUUUACAAUUUUGGAUCCUGCCGUCUUUCAAGAAAUCUUUGUGUCUCAAAUGAACUUUUUCUUUGAAUGCAUGCUUGUCAAUACUUCACUUGCACAUAUUGCUCAGUAUCUCUUAGUCAAUGAUGUAUCAUCUCAAGGUUUUGCUGGUGUUUUGUUUCAAUUUUUGAUUGACCGUAUUGAUCAAUUGGGUCAAAGCAAUAUGCACUAUUCAGCAGUGAUGCUUCAUUUAUUUCGCUUAGCAUUUAUGGCUGUCAACUUGUUUCCAGAUGCUAAUGAAUCCAUCUUACAACCUUACCUGGGCAACCUUGUUACAUCUUGUUUCAAACUUUCCUCAAAAGCAGAAGAACCAGCCAAUUACUUUUUGCUCUUGCGUGCACUUUUCAAGAGUAUAGGUGGUGGUCGAUUUGAAUUGCUCUAUAAAGAAGUGACGCCUCUUUUACAAGUCUUGUUGGAAAAUCUAAACUCGCUUUUGAUUCUAGCACAUCGUACCGAGAUGCGAAAUUUGUUUGUGGAGCUAUGUCUAGCUGUACCUGUUCGUUUGAGCACAUUACUGCCCUAUCUGCCUUAUCUAAUGAGGCCAUUGGUGAUUGCUCUUCAAGGAGAACAGGAAUUAGUAUCACAAGGUCUUCGCACCUUAGAGCUCUGUAACGACAAUCUGAAUCCUGAAUUUUUGGACCAAAUCAUGUCUCCUGUGAUGGAUGAACUUAUGAAUGCAUUAUGGAACCAUCUUCGUCCUUUGCCCUAUAGUCAACAAUAUUCUCAUGUCGCUUUGAGAAUCCUGGGUAAAUUGGGUGGUAGAAAUCGACGCAUGGUUGGAAAUGCUCCUCAUCUCGACUUCAAAAAAGAAGUUGAAAGUAGUGUGUCUGUUGAGAUUUUGUUCGAUCCUCAUUCGACGCCUCACGUAUUGCCCUUGGAUGAAUGUCUUGAUAUUGCGUGUCAAACCUUGGAAAAGCGUACGGCUGACUUAUUUUAUCAGAAACAUGCUUAUAAGUUUCUGAAGGCAAACAUUAUCAUGAUGUUAGAACUAGAUGAAGGCCCUGAAGACUUGGCACAAUCAUUGUAUCAACGUGUAAAGGAACAUCUCUUACAAUCUUCUGAUACAGCCAGUAAUACCAAGGAAACAAAUGAUGAGAAUAAAACAUCUUCAGGAGCGACAGAUAUGGAUGUUGAUCCUAAACAACCGACUGAAGAAACAGAAAGUACCAUUGUUGGUGAUACACUCAAUGAAUCUGGCUUGAAGCCAAAGCGAUUUGCAGGCAAUGGCUAUACAAAAUAUCUCUCUAAGCGUAUUGCUCAAGAAAAGGCUCUCAAAACCAUCCUUGUUGCUAUCAUCAAAGCCUCUACCAUGCAUGAACUCUCUGAGGAUGCUUGGCCAUUAUAUGAAAAUAUUUGUCGACAUUUCAUGUUGUUGCACAUAGGUGAGGCCAUUGAUGCUAAAGAAACUGGAAACAAGCCAUUGUCAGAUAUGAUGGAUGAACGAUUGUCUGUACAAAAUUUAAAUACAACGAUUCUUGUGGACGCCAUUGUUGAAGUGAUCUGUUCUGAAGAUGUCAAGCUCAGAAGACGUGCUGAAGAAUCUUUACAACUUUGUUUUGAUACUGCUGCUAGUGUACUGGGUAGCAAAGAUUAUGUUUGGCAAUUACCCAUCUUCCGUGUCUUUGCUUCUCAAUUUGGCUCGUGCUGUUACAAGCAGGAAUGGUUUAAUAAGCGAGGUGGUUGUCUAGGUAUCUCCAUUAUUAGUUCUCAACUUGAUAUGGGCACCAAAUGGAUGCGUGAGCAUGAACUUGACUUUAUCCGCUCAUUGCUGUUUGUCUUAAAAGAUGCAUCACCAGAGAUGGCUAAUAUCAACACAACAGAAGCUACUCAGACACUCUCCCAUGUUCUCAAAGUAUGCAAUCGACUAGAAGACGAGGAAUCACCCGAGGUUCAAAAGAAAUUCCAAAACUUGAUUGCUUUACUGCUAAGCGAGCUCUCCAAUUCAAACAGUAUUGUACGCGAAACCAUUCAAUCUUCGUUCCAACUUUUGGCAGACCUGACAGGCAAUGAAGUUACUGAACUUUUGGCCCCUGUUAGAGAACGAUUAGUAGCGCCUAUCUUUGCCAAACCUCUUCGUGCACUUCCUUUUGCCAUGCAGAUUGGCCAUAUUGAUGCUAUCACCUAUUGUCUUACUCUGAGACCACCUUUCUUGGAGUUUAAUGACGAGUUGAUUCGUUUGCUUCAUGAAGCUUUAGCUCUUGCUGAUGCCGAGGACCAAGCCUUAGUAAGUCGAAGUUCUCAGUACAAGAAUGCUACUUCGCUCAUGAAUCUUCGUAUUGUGUGCAUCCGACUUUUGUCAGCUGCUAUGGCAUGUUCAGAUUUUUCAAAUCAACGCCAAACGCAUACACGUGCUCGUAUCAUUCAAGUCUUCUUCAAAUCAUUGUAUUCUAAAGCACCAGAAGUUGUAGAGGCAGCCCACCGUGGCCUUAAGCAAGUGUUGGCUCAACAGCACAAGUUGCCCAAAGAACUUUUGCAACAAGGCUUGCGUCCUAUUUUGACUACUCUUUCUAAUCACAAGACACUUAGUAUAGCUGGUCUUGAAGGGCUUGCUCGUUUGUUAGAGUUAUUGACCAAUUAUUUCAAGGUGGAAAUUGGUAAAAAGCUUUUAGACCAUUUAAAGCAAUGGGCUGAUCCUAAAGCUCUUCAAGAGGCUGCAAGCAAGAAUCUCAGUGAAAACCAUGAAGUGAAGAUCAUUGUAGCUAUCUUGAAUAUCUUCCAUUUGUUGCCUGCUGCUGCUCAUAUUUUCUUGGAUGAUCUUGUUUCUGUUGUGCUGGACAUGGAAGCUUAUUUGCGACGCUCCAUCUCAAGUCCUUUCCGUCCUAAUCUGAUCAAGUAUUUAAACAGAUAUCCUACCGAGACAAUCAAUUAUUUCUAUGAAAAACUCGAUCAACACAACCACAUGCGUUUGUUUAUCGAUGUCCUUGCGACUGAAAAUGCAACACAGAUUCGUAGUGAAAUUAUGAAAGCUCCCAAGGAUUUGAUUGACAAGACACUAAAUGUAGCUGGUAAUGAUAACAUACACUAUCAAGGUGUAUUGGUUAUACGCGAAAUAGUUCGAUAUGAUUCUGAUUGGCUAACCUCGCAUCCUGAACUACUUGAAAGCUUAUUAACACUCUGGCAUACUCCUAAUCGUUUUGAGAUCAUGAAGAAGGAUGACGAACAAGGCUACCAAAUGACUCGUGAAUCUCUCUAUAUUUCACAGAUAUUCAUUUCUUAUCUUCGUACCAAUCCUGACAAUGUUGAUCUAGUAUUUGAAGUGGCUACUUUAUUUGCUCAAGAAUCUGUAAUGGACUUGUCAUAUCUCCGUGAAUUCUUCCUUGUCAAUGUUGCACUUGGCUACUCAGCAAAAGCAAAGCGACUUGUAUUGGAAAAGUUUCUUCAGCAAUUCAAUGAUGUCUCCACUUCAGCUUACCUGCGUAUGAUGAUUCUUCGACAUGUCAUCAAUCCUGCUCUCUUGGUUUCGAUCUCUCUCAAACAUGAUAGCUGUGCAGAAAUUCUCGACUCUAAAAUGAUUGAGCAACUGAACUCCAAGAUAUGGGCACACCUUACUUCGGACUCUUCUGAUGAAGAUCAAUAUGCCGAAGAUUCACUUCGAAUUGAACUGCUUCAAUUAACGGCUAUGAUUGUACAAUAUGCUCCUCAAUUGUUAACUGAUUUAAGAAAAGAAAUCAUCAAAUUUGGCUGGCAUUACUUGCGUCUUGAAGAUGCAACAUGCAAACAAGCUGCCUAUGUUCUGAUUGCUCGGUUUAUUACUGCGUUUGAAACACCUAGCAAGAUUGUCAUUCAAAUUUAUGCUGCCCUGCUGCGUGCACAUCUGUCUGAAGCACGCUCUUUGGUCAAACAAGGCUUGGAUAUUCUUGCUCCUGUACUUCCUAAGCGUGUGCCUUUGGUAGGUAACGAGAAAGUACCCACCUGGGUUCGUUUGACUCGCAAAGUGAUUGUUGAAGAUACGCAUAGCAUAUCACAAAUGGUCAAUGUCUAUCAAUUACUUGUUCGUCAACCUGAUUUGUUUUAUGAUUAUCGCGAGCAUUUUUUGCCACAAAUUGUGAAUGCUUUGCCCAAACUUGGUUUGCUUCAAAAUGCUACUCCUGAAAAUAAGUUACUUACGGUUGAACUGAGCGAACUGCUCCUAAAAUGGGAACAGACUCGCUUGCAAAAUCAACCUAAGACUGAAGCUCCUACUUCUCCUCUAGGCAAGAGAUCAGCCGAAGCUCUGUCAGAAUCUCCUGCAAAGAAAUCAAAGUCUGAAGGCGCUGAUGGGGAAGUAAAGAGUAAUGCUUCAUCUUCAACGACUGUACAUGAUGGCAAAGAGUAUAUUCCUUCUUUUACUUUACGAGAAAACACGAUUGGCUAUCUUGUCCGCCUUGCUUGCACCGUCUAUAAUCCAUCCGAUAUGAUACAGAGAAAACUAGUCCAACGUGUGUUGGAACUUAUCAAGCGUUUCUUGGAUCCUGCUGUAUGGCCUGAUGUUCAUGUCAAGUUUGCUCAUUUGGAACGCACUUUGAGUAUCAAGGAGAUGAGUGAAAUCUUGAUUUCCAGUGUCUGUAGUGCAUUGGAAAUCUUAACAAUUGAUAUUGCCCAUAAGCCUGUUGACUGGUUCGUUGUCAAUAUGAAUCAGUUAUUCCGUUUGCUGGAAAACAGCAUCAAGUCAGACAAUGUCCGUAUCCAUACUGCACUUCAACCAGUUCUCUCUUACAUCUUUGGGUCUAUCAAUCAGAUCACUAAUGCUGAAAACAGGGAGGAACCUCAACAUCCUGAUGUUGCUGCUUUUGUGUCUUUGGUUGAUUCAACCAUUACCGAUGGUAUGGCUAGCAUGAACAAUAUCUAUGUUGUUUUGAAAUUGCUUCAGUCAGCAAGUACCAAUCGUAGUGAACAGCUUGAUCCAUUUGUAGCUGGUAUUGUUAAGCUUCUUCAAAAACUUACCAAAGAACACAUCCUUUCGGCUCAUACAACGUCUGCUGCUGGCUAUGACUCCCAUGUAAACCUUUUGGUUUUGGGUCUCAAUCUUUUGAAAAAGAGAAUAUCUUAUCUUGGUGAUCAACGACGUUGGUUCUUAAGCUGCUUGAUCCAGUUGAUCGAGAAAUCUCCUGAAGCACAAUUACUGCAUGCCAUUUUAGAUAUGGUCUCUGAAUGGACACUUGAUAAGAAAGAAGCUUUUCCAACUGCAAAAGAAAAGGCUGGCCUUUUAGUCAAGAUGAUGACCUUCAAAGCUCGCAACAACAAAAGACUUACUGAGGACUUUCUGAAUUUAGUUAUCAAGAUUUAUAGCAAUCCUUCUUUUGCUCGAUCUGAAUUGACCGUGCGUCUGGAGCAAGCCUUUUUGAUGGGCACGCGUGAUGAAAAUCCCAACAUUCGUAGCCAAUUCAUGCGUAUCUUUGACAGAAGCACUAGCCGUAAUCUUUAUGCUCGCCUUAACUAUAUCUUGGGCGUCCAAAACUGGGAACCGUUGUCCAACACUUUUUGGAUUCAUCAAGCUUUAGAUAUGUUGUUUGGUGCUGUUAAAGUGAAUCCACAAAUAUCAAGUCCUCAGACUCUCAAAAUCAAAUCAAUCAAGACUAUUGCAAGUCAAGCCGAAGUGACAGAAACAGAUAUUCCAGACAAGCUCAAUGAAAUUGUUCAACAACACCAACUCUUUUUAAAGAAUUUGCAAAGUUCUGAUAUCAACACUACUGUCACAAGCACACGUUAUCUUCAAUAUUUGAAUGCUGAAACAGCCUUCAAGUUAUGGGUCGACCUUUUCUCUAUGUGCUGGAAUAGCUUGUCGAAUACCGAACAGCAUGAUAUGUCAAAAGUGCUUAUCAAUUUACUUGCUAAGGAGCAUCACAACAAACAGGUUGAUUUGCGUCCCAAUGUUAUCCAAGCUUUAUUGACUGGUAUUGCUCGAACUGGUUGUGAUAUAAAGCUUCCUCCACAUCUGAUUAAAUGCUUGGGUAAGACACACAACGCUUGGCAUACAGCUGUUGAGAUCUUGCAGCGAUCAUCCACGACAAGACGACUUACAGAAUCAUCCAAGCAUGAUAUUAACAACCAUGAGCGUACAUUAGAUGCCUUGGCAGAAUUAUAUUCUAAUCUCCAAGAAGAUGACAUGUUUUAUGGUCUAUGGAGACGUCGUAGUACCUAUGUCGAAACCAAUGUCGCUAUCUCGUUUGAGCAAUGUGGUAUGUGGGCUCAAGCCCAAACCAUGUAUGAAAAUGCUCAGAUCAAGGCUCGUAGUGGUGUUUUGCCAUUUGCUGAAUCUGAAUAUAUGCUUUGGGAAGACCAUUGGUUGUCUUGUACUCAAAAGCUUCAACAAUGGGACAUUCUUUCUGACUUGGCAAAGCAUGAUGGUAACAGCAAACUGCUUCUGACAUCUGCUUGGAGAUUAUCUGACUGGGCUUCAGAACGUGAGUCUUUAGAACAAACCUUGGCCUCUAUUUCAGACCCACCAACACCACGACUCAAGGCAAUGGAAGGGUUUUUGGCACUGAUUAAAUCUCAAACAAUGGACGAUAGACUUGCUGAAUUCACUCGUGUUUGCGAAGAAGGCGUUCAACUAUCGCUUAAGGAAUGGUAUACACUGCCUCAUAUUGUCUCUCAAAGCCAUGUACACUUGCUACAAGUUUUUCAACACUAUCUGGAGUUGCAUGAAGCAAACCAAAUCUUUAUGAGUUUAGCUGGUACGACUGCACAAACACUUGAACAACAGUCCAAUAGUUUGCGUAGUAUUUUGGGUACCUGGCGUGAACGUUUGCCAAACAUGUGGGAUGAUAUCAAUGUAUGGAGUGACAUCGUUUCAUGGCGCCAACAUGUCUUCAAUGCAAUCAAUAGAGCUUACUUGCCUUUGUUACCUAUGCUUCCCAAUCAAAUGAAUUCUCAAGCUGGAAAUUCCUUUGGCUACCGUGGUUAUCAUGAAACAGCUUGGAUCAUUAAUCAAUUUGGUCAUGUGGCUAGAAAACACCAUCUCCCUGACGUUUGCGUCAAUCAAUUGACCAAGAUAUAUACUUUGCCCAAUAUUGAGAUCCAAGAUGCAUUCCUUAAGCUUCGUGAACAAGCCAAAUGUUACUAUGAAAACCCCGCUGAAAUUACUGCUGGUCUAGAUGUCAUUACCAAUACAAAUCUUGCUUAUUUCACCAUGCAACAGAAAGCCGAGUUCUAUACUCUCAAAGGUCAAUUCCUCGCCAAGUUGAAUCACCACAAUGAAGCUAAUGAAGCCUUUGUCAACGCAGUACAGAUCGAUCUGUCUCUUCCAAGAGCUUGGGCUGAAUGGGGUAGAUAUAAUGAUGGUCGUUUUAAGGAAAAUCCCAACGAUUUGAGCUGGGCUAAUAAUGCUGUUAGUUGCUAUCUUCAAGCAGCAGGUAUUUACAAAAAUGCGAAGGCUAGAAAAUACCUUUUGCGUGUUCUUUGGCUUUUGAGUUUGGAUGAUACCAAUGGCACUAUCUCUCGUGCUUUUGAAGGCUAUAAAGGUGAAUGGCCUGUUUGGUAUUGGGUUACUUUUAUUCCUCAGCUUCUGGUAGGCUUACAGCAAAGAGAAGGAAAACAUGCACGUGCUAUUUUGAUUCGUAUUGCAAAGCAAUUCCCUCAGGCACUUCACUUUCAACUUCGUACUGCAAAAGAAGAUAUGCUGAAGAGAGCAAAUGCUGCUGCUGCUGCUGCUACUGAUGCUGCCAAAAAUUCUAGUACUGACUCAAGCAAAGAUACUAUUGCAGUACCAAAGGAGACAAUACCUAAUGAAGACCAAAAGAAGGAGUCUUCUAAAGUAGGAGAAUCCGAUGCUACACAAUCAAGUGAUGAUAGAGCUACGGCCACUGCUAAAAAUGGCUCGGAAAAGGAUGAUAUGGAUAUCGAUCACAAGGAAGCGUCUAGCACAGCUAAGAUGGAGGAUACCAAGGAUAGUGACGUGCAGAUCAAAGUGGAACAAGCUUCGCAGCAGCAGCAGCAACAAGCAUUUGAUGAUGCCAAGGCCAAGGAAAAUGAAAACGCUAAUGAUAAGCUGCCUUCUUCUACUGCACCAGAUGGUAAGACAUCAACACCUGGUGCUGGUGGUCCUCAUGCGCAUCCUUUAGAUGAAAUCAUGGCAAUGCUAAAAACAGGAUAUCCUCUCCUUGCUCUCUCUAUGGAAACUAUGGUUGAUCAGAUCCAAUUGAAGUUCAAGCCUCAAGCAGAUGAAGAUAUGUAUCGCCUAGUAGUUGCAUUAUACAACGAAGGUGCACAACAAUUACUUUCUCGUCUCAUGAAUCCAAAUGAUGAUCUUCAACUGACUGGUUCCACUAUUCUCAACAUUGCUCGUUUUGCUGGGAGUUUAUAUCCAGGCCAUAUGAAAACAGCAUUUGUGCAUGAUUUUGCGACUACCAAAUUGAACUUGGAAGAAUAUGUAGUCAAGUUGAGGUUAUGGCGUGAUAAGUUUGAAGCUACUCUAGAUGCAAGACCUCGCAAACAGAAAUUAGAAGCUUGUAGCCAUUAUUUGGCAGAAUUCCAGCACCAGAAGUUUGAUGAUGUCGAAAUUCCUGGGCAGUACUUAUUACUAAAGGAUAAUGCAAACGACUUCUUGCGCAUUGAUCGAUUCUUGUCUGAGAUCGAAGUCGUCCGUAGUUAUGGCAAUUGCUUCCGUCGACUUACAAUUCGGGGCCAUGAUGGUACGCUUCAUCCUUUUGUUAUUCAAAAUCCUGCUGCUCGGCAAUUCCGCCGAGAAGAAAGAUUGAUGCAACUGUUCCGUAUCUUGAAUGAUGUACUAGAGCACAAGAAAGAAAGUCGUAUACGUGGUCUUAAAUUCCAUCUUCCUGCUAUUGUACCCUUAGCACCUAAUGUUCGUAUGGUCGAAGAUGAUCCAUCCUACUGUACUUUGUAUGAUAUUUAUGAAGAUCACUGCGAUGGUAUCAAUAUUCAUAAGGACGACCCGCUUAAUUUUUUUGUGGAGAAGCUGAAGAGUGGCAUUAGUAAAGACACUGAUACGACCAAUUUGAAGGCUGAACUACUGAAUCUUCGCAUGGAAAUCAAUGAAGAAAUUACAAAGAAAUAUGUCCCUUCAAACAUAUUGAGCAAGUACAUGCUUCGUACACUUGGUUCUUAUACUGAUUACUGGGCACAUCGCAAGCAAUUUAUAUCGCAAUAUGCCACUGCUACGUUCAUAUCGUAUUUGCUCAGUGUUGGUCAUCGUACACCUCAUAGAAUCACUGUUUCACGCAGUAGAGGUAAUAUCUGGAUGACAGAAUUACUACCAGGAUGGAACCAAGUAGGCUCUGCCGACCCAUUACUUGGUAAUGGUGAAUCAGUACCUUUUAGAUUCACUCCCAAUAUUCAAGACUACAUCACCCCCGUUGGUAUUGAAGGCUUAUUUACUACUUGUUUGAUGGCUACUGCUCGCUCUCUUACUGAACCAGAAUUAGAAUUGGGUCAAUAUCUUAGUCUUUUCGUCAGAGAUGAAAUGAUUGCAUGGUACAUGACUAAUCAUUUACCAACUGUUGAUACUCAACUUCAUGAUCGUGUACAAGCAAACGUAUCUCAAAUAAUGGCAAAAGCACAGUUCUUGGCUUGUAAAAUGGAAAAUGAAAAGGUUGUAAAUAUAGAUAAACCCGUAAAUCAAAAUAUUAUUGAUUUGAUCUCUCAAGCAAGUAACCCACAAAAAAUGGCACAAAUGGAAUGUACAUGGAUGCCUUGGUUAUAA